AUGCCUCUUGUUGUGAAGAGAAAAUUUCAGAAAAUCAAGCCAGUUGUUGAGUACAAUAAAAGGGGGAAAGGAUGUGGCCCUGCACAUACUGAGAUGCAAUCUUACAUUGGUGUGUUGGCACGCUCCAAAUUCCCACUUGUGGACAAGAAAUGGGCUAAAAUCCCCAAGGAUAUAAAGGAGCAUAUUUGGGAAGCCGUUGACAUGGCUUUUGUGGUAGGUCAAGGGGGCAAGAACCUGGUGUUAUCUUCUGCUGCCAAGAAAUGGAAGGAGAAAUUAAGCCAACCCCCUGAACUAUAUAAAUUCAUAGAGAAAGCAGCAUGGGAUGCCUUUGUGGCUUCAAGGUUAUCCCAAGAAUUUGUGUCUGUGCAUUCUCAACAUUCAAAGAUUAGGGAGAAACUUGAGUACAAUCAUCGAUUGUCUCGAAAAGGAUAUGUUGGUUUGGAGGAUCAAUUGGAGGAAACCAUGCCUGGGGUAGAAAUUGAUCGAUCUACCUUAUGGAAGAAAGCUAGACAAGACAAAGAUGGUAACAUCCUGAUCCAAAGGUGGCAGAGAAAGCAAAAUUAA